AUGGCAACCGUACGCCUCCUCUUGUUGAUGUUGUUACAGGGUCGGCAGGCGGAAUUUGAACCCGGACGCGCCGGGACGCGCCGGGAGCAGAAGCCAGGCCUUAACCUCUGCCAGCCGCCUGCCUUGUUGCUGGUCCUCGCGUUUCUGUGCCAAGAAGGUGCCCUGGCUGCAAACGUAACAAGCAGCAAGCCGCCGCUGCCGUCAAACAAGCAGCCGCUUUCGCCGCCGCCGUCAAACCUGCCAUCAAAUAAGCAGCCGAUUUCGCCGCCGCCGUCGACCCAGCCGUCAAGCAAGCAGCCGGUUUCGCCCCCGCCGUCGACCCAGCCGUCAAAGAAGCAGCCGCUUUCGCCCCCCCCGUCGACCCAGCCGUCAAGCAAGCAGCCGCCGUCAAGCAAGCAGCCGGUUUCGCCCCCCGCCGUCGACCCAGCCGUCAAAGAAGCAGCCGAUUUCGCCCCCCCCGUCGACCCAGCCGUCAAACAAGCAGCCGGUUUCGCCCCCCCCGUCGACACUGCCGUCAAACAAGCAGCCGAUUUCGCCCCCCCCGUCGACCCAGCCGUCAAACAAGCAGCCGGUUUCGCCCCCCCCCCGUCGACACUGCCGUCAAACAAGCAGCCGCUUUCGCCCCCCCCGUCGACCCAGCCGUCAAGCAAGCAGCCGGUUUCGCCCCUGCCGUCGACCCAGCCGUCAAAGAUGCAGCCGAUUUCGCCGCCGCCGUCGACCCAGCCGUCAAACAAGCAGCCGGUUUCGCCCCCCCCGUCGACACUGCCGUCAAACAAACAGCCGCUUUCGCCCCCCCCGUCGACCCAGCCGUCAAGCAAGCAGCCGGUCUCGCCCCCGCCGUCGACCCAGCCGUCAAAGAUGCAGCCGCUUUCGCCCCCCCCGGCGUCCAAGCAACCAGCCGCCAGUGCGUCCCCCGCCACCGGCACCGGCGGGCAAGCAGCCGCUUCCAUCUCCCCCAUCACCUCCAUUAACGAAUAA